AUGUCCGUCUCCACCCGCCUCUCCCUCCAAUUCCCGCCGCGCCCCGCCUCCGAGAACACUGACACCCUCGUGCUCACCUUCCACAGCCACUACCUCGACCUGCGCGUCCUCCGCUGCCCCUCCACCUCCGCCACCUCCCCUUCCCCACUGUCCCCCCCAAUCGAAUGGGCCUUCGCCGGCACCCUCGCGCACCCCUCCCCGGCGCGCACGACCUGGCAGCACGCCAUCGACUCGCGCGGGCCCUCGGGCGUUGACACGGGCGUCUCUACCGCGCUCGACAACGGGGACACGCUCGAGGAGGGCGAGAUGCGCGACCCCGACUCCGACACUGGCGAGGUGAGGGCGUAUAGGGAGGUGUGGCGCCGCGUGCCCGUCGAGCGCGAGGCGCGCGCGUGGUGUCUCGAGUCUGAGGAGGGCGAGGGGAAGGUGUUUGUUGGGCGCGUCGGGCUGUACUUCCUGGCGCUCGGGCAGCGCGGAGAGGCGUUCGCCGCGCGGAGGUGGCAGUUGGAGGAUGGGCGGUGGAGGGAGGUGUACCGCAUCAACACUGGCGCGCUCGCGGUGCCCGCGCCGGGGGACGUACCGGAGGAACAGGUACGCGAAGGCGCGGUGGUGCAAGUGAAAGGGAGGGCGUAUGUCGUGAGGGAAGCUUACGCUGUCUAAAACACCGAGAUACAACGCGGGCAUCCGCGUUAAAAAUACCAAUAGCCCGUGCCGUACGUACACACACACACUUCUCAUCCAACCCUUAUCUCCCCAGCCCAGCCCCUCCAUCCUACCACGAACAAGCACAAUGUCCAAACUCGCCGCGACGCGCAUCUCCCUCCAGCUCCCACCCGGCGCGCCCUCCGAAGAAACCGACACCCUCGUCCUCACCUUCCGCGCGCACUACAUCGACCUGCGCGUCCUGCGUUCCUCCCUC